CUGCUCCUGGCCUGCAACGUGUGUGCACUAAUAAAUUUCAUCACGCAUCACGCAUCAAAAUAACGUGUCGGUGAAUAUUCAUUACGAGUAAACCCAAAAAAAGAACAAAAAUAUUUUAAAAGCAGGAAAAUAGGAAAUAAUAUUUAAAAAAUGAGUUUAUUUUAAUGUGACUGAAGUAAUUAACGCAAGUGCACUGCAUUAAACUAAUUAACAUUUGGUGUUUUGAAAUAACCUCACGCAGCGAGUGGAAAACAUAACUUUUGUGCGGUUAUGUGGAUUAUGCAAUUAUGAGCUGUGAUUGGUCUGGCCAUGUGCGACGAAAGGAUAAUUUGGAUUAAAUUAUUUGCUAUGAAAGCUGGGUACCGCAAAUAGAGAGCGUGGCCACGAUGUACGCGAGCGAAUCUACGCGUCUCCUGCUGCACCUCGCAUUAACCUGCAUAUCUUUGCUGCCAGUCACUAUUGGAACUUCCGCUGCUUCCGGGAGUUUAGUAGGAGUGGCAGAAGGAAAAAUGCGUUUUCCAGACGCGACUAAACCAGUCGUCGAACGUCCAUAUUUCGAUGACGUAGGACCAAGAAAUGUGACAGCUGUAGUUGGACAAUCAGCACUUCUGCAAUGUCGAGUUAAACAUCCCGGAGAAAGAACCGUGUCGUGGAUGCGAAAGCGAGACUUGCACAUCCUCACGUCCGGCAUCCACACGUACACCGGCGACGGGCGAUUCAGCGUCCGACAUCCGGAACACAGCGACGACUACGACCUGCGCAUCGAGUACGUGCAGAAGCGCGACGGCGGCGUCUACGAGUGCCAGGUCAAUACAGAACCCAAGAUCAACAUGGCCAUCAUGCUGAAUGUCGAAGACACGUCUUCCCUUGCUGCCACGCACCCCGGCCCGCGAUCCACAGAUGCACAAGCGACCAUUUCCGGUCCAGGAGAGGUGUAUGUCAAGAAGGGUAGUACGAUAUCACUGACAUGCUCAGUGAAUGUCCACUCAACGCCCCCGUCUAGUGUACUUUGGUAUCAUGGCCACGCCGUGGUUGAUUUUGACUCCCCACGAGGUGGCAUCAGUUUGGAAACAGAAAAAACCGAAGCGGGUACUACCAGUAAACUCCUGGUCACCAAGGCGCUCAUUUCGGACUCGGGGAAUUACACCUGUAUGCCGUCCAAUGCCAGUCCUGCUUCCGCCAUUGUGCAUGUUCUUAAUGGCGAGCAUCCGGCUGCGAUGCAGACCAGCAGGGCUGUGCCCGGCAAGCAGAUGGCCCUCCUUGUCGCGCUCGCCAUGCUCAUGGUGACCGCAGUGAGAUGAUCUCAUCAGCUGUAAUAAUCGCCUGCUACGUAUUUUUCAACCCCCCACAAGACUCCAUCGCGGGUGUCUGUGCCGCACCCGUAAUGAACCCAUAGUCGGCGCCCGGUGUAAAAAACUAAUCACAAAGUUAAUCAGUGCGAAUGGAAUGGAGCCGCAAGAGAUGGGAUGAAGUGAAAUCAAGUGAAGUGGAUAUCCAAGGGACAUAGUGUGUCUGUUUUUUGACUCUAGGGAAAUUGUUAUUAUUUCGGUGCUAAAAACAAUU